AUGGCAUCGCGUUGGACUUCAAGGCCGGUUCUGCGGCUUCCUAAAGCGUUGCUACGUACCCACACCCCCGGACGAUACAUGCAAACCCAGCCGAUACUUUCACGCAGGCCAUCCACAUUCUACCCCAAGCUUUCCUCGCAUCCCCAGUAUCAUCUUCGACUGUUUAGCAGCUCGCCGCGCAACAAUGAUUCCAAGGUUGUUGUGCGAGUUCCACCCAUGGCAGAGUCCAUCACAGAGGGAACCUUGAGUCAAUUCAGCAAAAGCAUCGGUGAUUUCAUUGAAGUCGACGAGGAACUGGCAACAAUCGAGACCGAUAAGAUCGACGUUUCUGUGAAUGCGACACAGUCUGGCAUCAUACAACAGCUGCUCGUUGCCGAGGGGGAUGUUGUGACUGUUGAUCAAGUCAUUGCAGAAAUUCAGCCCGGCCAAAAGCAGCCCGAAAGCGAACCCGAGUCAGAGAAUGCGCAGUCCGCAUCGAAGCAGAGCAAUCUGCAGCACAAUUCAACGCAAGCGACUCAAAGCUCUACUCCUCCCCCGGCAGCGGAAACAAUGCCUACGGAGUUCUCCAAACCAGAGCGCGAGGCAUCGAAAGAUACGACUAGUCCAAAGAAAGACGUUGCACCUGCUCAAUCGACGGAGGCACCCAAUGCCUUCCAGGGUAUGAUACCUAGUCGAGCAGAAGAAAAGGUCAAGAUGACUCGAAUCCGAAAGCGCACUGCACAACGCCUCAAAGAGUCACAAAAUACCGCCGCAUUCUUGACAACCUUCAACGAAGUUGACAUGACCCGCUUGAUGCAGUUCAGAAAGAACAACAAAGAAGAGGCAUUGGAAAAACAUGGCGUGAAGCUUGGUCUCAUGGGAUCCAUGGCCAGGGCCUCCGUUCUGGCCUUGAAGGAAAUUCCCGCGGUCAACGCUUCGAUCGAAAACGACGAUACCAUUGUGUAUCGCAACUAUGUUGACUUGAGCGUCGCAGCUUCCAUCCCGAAGGGACUUGUGACUCCUGUUCUUCGGAACAUCGAGUCGAUGAGCAUCUUGCAGAUUGAGAAAGGUAUCGCUGAGCUGGUCAAGAAGGCUCGAGACGGCAAGUUGACUAUGGACGAUCUCAACGGAGGAAGCUUUACGAUCAGCAACAGCGGUAUAUGGGGCUCGCUGUUCGGCACACCUAUCAUCAAUCUGCCGCAGACUGCGGUUUUGGGAACAUAUGGUAUUCAAGACCGGCCAGUUGCUGUCAAUGGCCAGGUUGAGAUUCGCCCAAUGAUGUACGUUGCGCUGACAUAUGAUCACCGGAUCAUCGAUGGACGUGAGGCUGUGAAAUUUUUGGUUCUCAUCAAGAAGUACUUGGAAAAUCCGGAGACCAUGUUACUAGGUGUUUAG